AAAGUUAGUUAAUAAUUUGAACUUCGACGGAUAAAUAUAUGUUCAGACAAUUAUCUUUCUUACUAUAUCUAUUCGUAGUUUUGUUACAGCUCACAUAAUUUGGAUACAUUGAGUAUUUUAAAUGCAUCAUGUGAAACAGACACGUAAAACCCGGUUUUUCUAUAAUCCAAUCUGAAAAUAUACAGUUAAGAUAUUUUCAAUUUCAAUUAUUAAAAAAAAUCAUUGAUGAUAUUGCUGUGUACUUUCGUAAAAUGUAUUUUGUUUGUUGGCAAUUUCUUCUGUGGCACACUUCGAUCGGAUUAUUUCAAGUGAAGAUUACUCAAAUACAUACGUCAUAUACAAUCCUCGGCUUGCUCUCGCUAAUCGAAUGUGCAGAAAGCGGAUUGCGCGGUUAUAGAAUGGAAAAUGCGGCUUGGAAGACGAAGAUCAUCAUGGGUAGCUCGAACAGUUUGAAGGUAAAAAAAACUCGAAGAAGACCCAAACAAUUUGGAUGUUAAUCCAGCGGCAGUCUAGGGAGAGAUUUUUGCAUGACUGGGCCGAAAAGUUGAUGUGAAACGACAAUCCCAAGCACAGAUCGCAGGAUCAUGCAUCGGCCUCAACACCCUAGUAGGAUAUAACCGAACGAAAUCAUUCUUGGGGAUCUCUAUAGAUGUCAGUUGAUGCGUUGGUGCUCGCACGUUCUCAAUUAAAAGUUCGGUAUGGCACAAUGAUUCUGCUUCACGACAAUACCAGGCCUCAUUCUGCAAAAACCGUGCACAGUUGGUUUAAAUCACUGAAGCGGAAAGUUAUGUACCACCCAACAUAUUUAGAAGGCGCCGUAUGAUUUUCAUUCGUUCAAUCUGCAGGCGAAGAAUUCUCCGUUCUUUGUCAAAAAUAUUAAUAAUUCCAGUGUAAUAUUAUAUUUACCAUUAACAUAAUAGAAAAAAAUGGUACGAAUUAUUUCCAAUCCCCAAUACGAACGGUUCAGUUCACGUUUCGCGUUAUCAAACAUAAUUUUGCCUGACUAGUAUUUAGCGUGUAUGCUCCAGCACAAGGUUAAUACAAAACUUUGUUUUCGUUUUGAGCAAGCUGACAUGAGAGUUGCAUUGGAAAAUUGUGAGGAGAAUUCUGUGUUGUGCCCAAAACUUUUUAAUAAUCGAUUAGAUUCACAAUUCCUGAAUUGAAAUCGUUCAAAUCUCGAUCACCGCAAGCAGCAAAAUGAGUUUCAUAAAUUGUUGUAGACUUUGUUUGAUGGAACUACUCACAGCUGAUGCAGGGUGUUCUUAUUAUUGUAUACCCGAGACAACGUUAGAAGAUCGGCCGCUACAAUACCUGAUACAUGACUGUUUCGGUAUUUCGAUUACAGAGGAUGAAAAAGUGAACAAAAUCUGCGAAUCAUGCUACAACGACGUCCAAAAUGUCUUCAGGCUAAAAAAUCGAUUUCUAGAAGCUGAUGUCGCUAUAAGGAAUUUUUAUUGCCAGCUAGAACUUACAUUUGAACCAGAGUUUUUUAAAAGUUCUGCGAUUUUCGACGAAGAAAUAACAGCCUACGAAUCGUUACCUGAUGCUAAAGAGCACAUAAAAGUUAACUCGAAUGACUUACUUGUUCAGAUGUACACUGAUGAUAGCCCAAAAAAUGAGAUCAAAAGUAAAAACAAAACAACUCGCAGGGUUACCAGGAAAAAAGAACCACUACCUAAAGAGCACAUUGAAGUUAAGCCGAAUGAUUUACCUAAGGAGAUAGAUGAUAGCCCAAAAAAUGAGAUCACUGAUGAUAGCCCAAAAAAUGAGAUCAAAAAUAAAAACAAAACUCGCAGGGUUACCAAGAAAAAAGAACCACUAUCUAAAGAGCACAUUGAAGUUAAGCCGAAUGUUUUACCUAACGAGAUAUACACUGAUGAUAGCCCAAAAAAUGAGAUCAAAAGUAAAAUCGGAACUUCUCGUAAGAUUAUCCAGAAAAAAGAACCACCUCUAAAGAUAAUUUUACCUCGCAAAAGGAGUAAAGCCAAAGAUAAGAUCAGAAGUUUCACCUGUUAUAUUUGCACCACGGAUUUCGAUACACUGGAACAGCUGGACGAUCAUAUACCGAAGCACGUUGGACAAGUUUCACCAGUAUGUACCAUCUGCAACGUAGAGGUUACGACAAUGCGACACUUGAACUUGCAUAUUCAACGGACCCAUCACCGAAAGGGAAAGCGUAUCCCUUGCGAACCAUGCAAACAAAAUGGGAUUACAAAAGAGUUCUCAUCAUCAUGGCAUCAUAAGGAACAUAUAAAGAGGAUCCAUGAAGGUAUUAUAACAGUACCGGAAAAAAAAUAUGUAUGUUCUUACUGCGGUAAAAGCUUUCACAAAGGAUCCAACAUGAGACUACACGAAAACAUUCACACGAAAGCGGUUUUAUUCAAAUGCAAAUUUUGUACGAAAUUUGUGGGUGUUACUAGGAGUGCGUUGAUAAGGCAUGAACGCGUUCAUACUGCCGAAAAACCAUUUAAAUGUAACGAAUGUGAUGCUCAAUUCGUGCAAUCAAAUCAACUUACACUACAUAUAAAGCACCGUCACAAGGACGAACGACCAUUUGCAUGUUAUCUGUGCGAUGGAAAGGUUACCUUUAAGAACAAGUAUACCCUUCGGAAGCAUAUACGAAGCCAUGAAACCCCCGGAAGGAUCAGGCAGAGUAAAGCCACAUGUCAUAUGGAAACACUUAUGUUGGACACCUUUAUUGGCGAAACAUCGAAUUGAAACUGGAUCAAUGCGAAUUGUGUGUUGACAGACUUUUUUAGUUGAAUUUUGUAGUUUUUUUUUGUCGAUCUUCUAAUAAACAUAUAUAUGAUUUCCUAGAACCAUGUUUU